AUGAAUACAGUUUGCUAACAAAAGACUGCUACUCCUUGUAGAUUUGAAACAACGCAAUCAUAUCUCCUUGAAUAAUCACCUAAAAUAUAGUAUAGAAGAGUAAAUUCUCCAGGUUUACCUGAUUGCUCUUUUAGAAAGAGUCAUAAAUCAUCAGUUGAUAAGCGGAAUUAUAUGACUUUGGGAUAGAUGGAUAUUUAAUAAUUAUUGAAACCUACAAGAUCACUUGAAGAGAGUCCUGAACAAAAGUUGAAAUGUUAUUAUGCAAAAGGAGAAGAAACUUUAGAUCAUUAUUAGCAUUCCUUCAAUCCAUAAUAAUAUAUGAGUUUAAAGGAAGAUAAGGAAAUAUAAGUAGAAGAGAAACCUUUUGAAUCUCCACCUAAAAUGGAAGUGUUUCAGAAACCAUAAUUAAGAAAGCAAAUGAAAAUGAUUGAUAAAAUUGAAAGUGAUAAGGUGAGCGUUGAGAUAUUUAUGUCUGAAUAAGAUGAGAAUUCCCUUAUUUUUACAGGUAUAACAAAAAGAAUAUUGCCUUCUCCUGAAGAAAACAAAUAAAUUUUAAUGCAGAAUUUGCAAUAAUUGUUUACUUCCAUUGACAAAAGUACAAAUUCAAAUAAAUUCUAAAAUUAUAUAAAGAUGGAAUCAUUAGAACAAUCAGUUUUCCAUUAACAUUUAAACAAGUCAACCUAAUAAGAUUUUCUUUCAAUCUCUUCUGCAUAAUCUAUUAAAUAAUAAAAAUGUUCUUCUUAAACCAAUUUUAGAAGAAAUUCAGCAAUUAUACCAAAAUAACAAUCAAAAUGGAAUAAUUCAACUAAAGCUGAUAAAUAAAAAAAUAAUUGUUUCUCUAAUAAAUAAUCAAAAAGUCCAUUUCUAAAAGCUCAAAAUCAAAAGGUUUCAAUUAGUAAACCAAAGUUAUAGCAAGUAAAUCUUAAUAUUCAGUCUCCUCAAAAAGUGCCAACUCAAAAAAAAUAAACAUAAUAGAAUAGAUCAACUGUAUAAAAAGUAAGAUCUUUUCAUAUCACUCCUGAAAAAAUAGACGAUUGCAUCUAUGAUGAAAGAUAUUUUAAAUGA